AGGGAGGCACUCGGACACAAACAAACGUCCGCGGGUUUGAUGUUGUGCUACGUUACAGCUAACUGUAACAUGUCAUUUGGAUUUGAUAGCUAACUUCAUGACAUUUCAAACAUGUGGCUCAAACCGGACGAGAAUUUGCUGAAAAACGCGUUCAAAUUAUGGGUCACCGAGGAGGAUAACGAGUACUUCGUACUGCAAAGGAGACGGGGCUACGGAGAAGGUGGAGGCGGGUUGACAGGCCUUCUUGUGGGAACUCUGGACACUGUGUUGGACUCCACAUCCAAAGUUGCUCCCUACCGUAUUCUACACCACACACCAGACUCACAGGUGUAUUGGUCAAUAGCAUGCGGUGUCACCAAAGAGGAGAUCAAUGAGCAUUGGGAAUGGCUGCAGCAGAACAUCAUGAGGACGCUCUCUGUUUUUGACUCCAGCGAAGACAUCACCAGCUUUGUACAGGGCAAGAUAAGAGGUCUUAUCGCUGAAGAAGGGAAGGCAUCGCUGGUGCUGGAAGAAGAUCCAGAGAAGUUCCGAGAAGCACUUUUUAAGUUUGAGAAGUGGUUUGAGCUGCCACCGCAGGAAAAGCUGGUCACAUAUUACUCAUGCAGCUACUGGAGAGGCAAAGUGCCCUGCCAGGGCUGGCUCUACCUCAGCACUAACUUCCUUUGCUUCUAUUCAUACCUGCUGGGAUCUGAGGUGAAAAUGAUCAUCUCCUGGGAUGAGAUCUGGAGACUGGAGAAAACCUCCAAUGUUAUCCUGACUGAGAGCAUCCAUGUCCAGGCUCAUGGGGAGGAUCACUACUUCUCCAUGCUGCUGCACCUUAACGAAACCUUCGUUAUCAUGGAACAGCUGGCCAACUACUCCAUCAAGCGUCUAUUCGAUAAAGAGGACUUCAAGAGAGAGCCGGCGCUCUCAGACCCCCUUCAGAUUACCAAGAGAGGACUGGAAGCUCAUGCAAAGAGUGAGCAGUUCCGGACAUUCUUCAGGCUCCCUAAAGAGGAGAAUCUGUUAGAGGUGCAUGAGAGCUUCCUGUGGGUACCCUUCAGCCAUUUUAACACGCUUGGCAAGAUCUGUCUGUCUGAGAACUACCUGUGUUUCGCCAGCCAAGACGGGAGCCAAUGCCACAUCAUCAUUCCAAUGCGAGAGGUCAUUAACGUGGAGAGGUCAGACCCCAGCAGCAGGGCUUUAACGGUGUGCGUCCGUGGAAAGAGGGCGCUGCGAUUUUCCGAGGUGCGGGACUACCAGCGCCUGGCAAACACGCUCCGAAGCAGGUGUGGGAUCAGUGCCAGCCCUCAGCACUCUGCAUCAUCAGAGGUUAUACGAGGCGAGUGCCAGUCGCUCAUCAAUCACUUUGAGGACAACCCAGAGGACGUCACACUGAUGGUGGGACAGAAAGACAGCAGCAAGGCUGUAAGCACCGAGGCGCUCAUGACGGUAUUCCACCCCCAGGAUGUUGAAAACCUCGACCCAAAAAUGCUUAAAGAAAAGAUGAAGGAACAGUCUUGGAACAUCCACUUCUCUGAAUACGGACGUGGCACGAGUAUGUUCUUCACCAGGAAGACACGAGACCUGAUCGUCCGAGGUGUUCCUGAGGCCUUGAGAGGAGAGCUGUGGAUGCUUUUUUCAGGAGCUGUGAACGACAUGGCCACUCACCCCGGGUAUUACACUGAUCUGGUGGAACAGUCCCUGGGCACCAGCACUCUGGCUACAGAUGAGAUCGAGAGAGACCUCCACCGCUCUCUGCCAGAGCACCCCGCCUUCCAGAGCGACACGGGAAUUUCCGCUCUACGCAGAGUCCUUACCGCCUAUGCAUACAGGAACCCCAAAAUUGGCUACUGUCAGGCCAUGAACAUUCUCACCUCAGUUCUCCUGCUCUAUGCGAAAGAAGAGGAGGCUUUCUGGCUCCUAGUGGCUGUCUGUGAGAGGAUGUUGCCGGAUUACUUUAAUCGCCGAAUUAUUGGUGCUCUGGUCGAUCAGGCGGUGUUUGAGGACCUGAUCCGAGAAAACCUCCCCCAGCUGGUGGAACACAUGACAGACCUGAGUUUCUUCUCGUCCGUGUCCCUGUCCUGGUUCCUCACCCUCUUCAUCAGUGUCCUGCCCAUUGAGAGCGCUGUGAACGUGGUGGACUGCUUUUUCUACGACGGCAUCAAAGCCAUUCUGCAGCUGGGCCUGGCGGUGCUGGACUACAACAUGGAGGCUCUGAUCAGCUGCCAUGACGACGCUGAGGCCGUCACCAUCCUUAACAAAUUCUUCGACAGUGUGACAAACAAAGACAGCCCGCUGCCACCGACUGUGCAGCAAGCUUCAGUGGGCAGCAACGAUAAAGCCUCGCACGUCAGCGUGGAUAUCAGCGAACUGAUUCGAGAGGCCUAUGAGAAAUAUGGAAAUAUCCGUUCAGAGGAAGUCGAGAGUUCGCGGAAAAGAAACAAACUGCAUGUGAUCCAGACACUGGAGGACACAACCAAACAGAAUGUGAUUCGGGUAGUGACCCAAGAAGUCAAAUUCGGAGCCUCGCAACUUGAUGAGAUCUACAACCUGUUCAAAAGGCAACAUUUUCUCUGUUGCUACUGGACAAUGCAGAGUCCCACUCUGCUGCAUCAUGACCCCAGCCUGGCCUAUCUGGAGCAGUACCAGCUGGGUUUCCAGCAGUUCAGCGUGCUCUUCUCGCUGCUGGAGCCCUGGGCUUUCUGCAGCUCCAAGAGCACCCUCUCCCUCUGGGUCUUCCGCCUGAUAGACGAGAACCAGGACGGCCUGGUUAACUUUAAAGAGUUUUGCUGCACCCUAGAUAUUUUAUACAGUGGAUCGUUCACAAAUAAGCUGAAAUUCCUCUUCAAGCUGCACCUGCCACCAGUUUUCACAGGUAGUCCUUUGCACUUAAAGGAUCAAAGCAUCCAGCACUUAAUCGCAGUGACUGAAGACUCUUCUCACUUGAGUAGACUCGCUGCAUUUGAUCUACCUGAAGAUGGUGUGAUAAGGAAAACUCCCGAACGAGGUAGAGGAAAAGUGGACCUGCAGGCAUACUUGAAACAGUGGCAAAAUGAAAUUCUUAAGAAAGAGGAAACCAUCAAGGACCUACCCCGGAUUAAUCAGUCCCAGUUCAUCCAGUUCUCCAAGACCCUGUACAACAUCUUUCAUGGCGAUCCGGAGGAGGAGCCUCUGUACAGAGCCGUGGCCCAUGUGACCAGCCUUCUGCUGAGGAUGGAGGAGGUGGGACGGAGGCUGCAGGAGCCCAGCAGCCCACCCGAGUCCGCCAAGCCUGCCAACACAGCUGCUGCUGUUGCGGUGCCUCCAACAGAAGAGGCUUCGAGCACAUUGGAGAGGUCCGACACUUGCAGCUCCACCAACAGUCAGGAGGCGGAGACUGAUUGGUCGUUUUCGUUCGAGCAGGUCCUGGCCUCUCUGCUGAACGAGCCGACCAUAGUGAGCUUCUUCGAAAGGCCUGUUGACCUAAAAACUAAACUGGGACAAGCUAGGGUGGCCCAGCUGAAGCUUAAGGGGAUUAAGUGAAAAGAUAAAUAAAAUGAAUUGAUACUUUUUACUUCUGAUUCCAAACCAGACGUCACCAUGAAUCUCGUUUUGGAUAGGGCGAUGCAAACAGCAAUUACUGCUAAAGUGGUAUAUAAAUGAAGAGAAGACAACUGAUUUUAAAAUCGGCUGUUCAACCUGUGUGUGGCUUGAAUAUGGCUAAUCUGUAAUCUCUGUAAACACUGUUGUCACAGUCCACUGACCACCACUUUCAGUGCGUUUCCAUGUACGGCCUCGCUACAUACUAGCCCUGUAGGCUGAGGUUCCUCGAAUCUGAAUAUGCAUUUUCAGCCUCUGUGAUGAAAUGUGUUCCUUUAUGUAGCGUUAGAUUCUUCGAAUUUCAUAGAAGUAUAGUUUGACAUAUAUUUUCCAACCCUAUAUGCCAUGGAUCACAUACUAUAUAGUUUUUUAAUGUGUAAGGAACAUAUUUAGCAAAAUGAACAGAAGAGUUUUCUCCGGCUCUGAUGUUAUGCUGACCUUUAACUCUAUAACAACGGACUGACCGAUUCAACAGGAAGAGUCUCACUCUGGAUAAUAUAUUUUUCUUUAUUAAGAUAACUAUUUAAUGCUAUAGUGAAACAAACUGUAAAAGUGUCCUGUGGAUUCAGUGUCUCCUGUUCUUAGGCAACAUUAGUGUUUUUCUGUACAUGCCAACUUAUUGUGAGAAACAAUAGCUUUCCAGUUGAAGUGGAACCGGUGUAAACAGCGAGAGAGGACAGUGUUGUCAAUGGAAGCUUUAAUUUGAUUUCAGAGAUAAUCUGAAUUGAGGGAGGUCAGAUGCAUUUAAUGAAAAUAAUUACAUUUUAAAUAAUGGUAUUAUAUAUUGCAAUAAUACAAAAGAGAAUAUGCUGUACUGCCACUCUCACCUCUCUCAUUCCUCCAACAGCAGCACACUACAAUAUUAGCAGGACUGUGGUCUGCAGAGGGAAAAUAAAGUAGAAGUGCUGCUGCAGGGAAAUAUUCUGCAUCCUCUUCUAGAAAAUGUGCUGUGCGUGCUCUAAAGUGUGCGAUCGGUCGAUGUACUGUUUGCUUAUGUCCGUCAAUACGUAGGAUGUUUCGCUCGUAAAAGUGCAGCGUUUUGUACUUAAGGAUCCGUUUCAAUAGCCGUGUGAUUAUUGCAUUUUUGAGGCUUGUGUUGAUAAUGUAAAAUAUGAGCUAGUGGACUGUUGUGCACAUUUUGUUUGAUCAAAUCUCAGGGUGUAAUUUGUGUAAAAUAAAAAGGACAAAAGGGAUAUUUUUUUCGACCUGGGACAAAUAAAGUAUAAGAGUUAUACAUAGCUUACAAAUGUCUGUAAAAUAUAACGCAUGUGUAGCAUAUUUACAGGAUUCACCACAUUAGGCUAGUGUUCCUAGACAGCAGCUAUUUCUGCUCACUACAGAAAGCCAGAGCUGUCUGACAGUAUUUCAGUUGUUUCCUUUUUUUUCCUGUGCAUUCUCUGCUUUUUUUGUUUGGGCUUCUGUCUCAGUGAAUCAUUUGCACAGUCAUUUGAGAUUCACAGGUAGUAGAUAUGUCUGUAUCUCAGCCAGAUCUCAAAGGCAUUGAAUUCUAAAAGGACAUGACCGCUUCAGCUGCAGCUGCUUGUCCUCUCUAGGGGCCAAAUUGACAAAUUCAUAGAGCUUUAUUUCUGCUUGUCUAGGGAAAAACUGUUUUAGAAGCUCUUUAAGUUCAAGUGCAAUUCUCUGCGUCUUAUAUUUGUAUUAUUUUUGCAAUUAGCUUGGAACGUGUUGUGGUUAUUUUUUCACUUAGGACCAAUCAGAAAUGUUUAGAAUGGUGUAAUUAUUUGAUUAUUCCUAUAGAUAUUUGAAGUGAGUUGCACAUACUUGUUAAACUGUUUACAUGACUAAUGGGUAAAAAAUAAUAUCAAGAUGCACCCUAUUCAUCUUAAAUGUUGUCACUUCUUAAAUCCAAAGCUCUAUUGACUGUUUCCCAGCAGUUUCACGCUGCAUUUGUAACAUAUCUGAAAUGAUUAUAAAAUGCAAAUAACAACCUCUUAUCAAAGACUGCGCCUUAGUCUUUCUGUUAGCUUUCUGAGCUUUGCAUUUCAGUUUAUUCCUGGAUCUAUUUCUGUUAAAUGGAUCAUAUAUUUUAAUGAUUAGAAAUCCUACAAAAACAUGUUGUUGGUCCUAACUAUUUCUUUUGAAAUACUGAACUAAGAUUUUUUUUUUAAACAGACAAAAUAGUUUGUGCUUUCCACUCAGUAUGGAAAAAAAGGAAGGAGAUGACUUUGAAGGAGCAGAGAAAGCCACGGAAGAUUUCAUCUUCCUGGCAGGCUGUCAGAUUUGCCAUUAAGCAUCUGAGUGUUAACAGUAGACAUGGGUAACGCUCCAGCUCCUGCAUUAGUUUAUGAUUAAUCAAGUCCUUACAUGUGCAAGUGUGGUUUCCAGCUUUUAAAAUCUGUCACUUUUGAUUUAAAGCUUGUCUUGCAAAACAUGUGUAACACUAUUACAUGUACUACACAAUAUUUCAGUUUACCUGCUUGAUUAUGAUUUAUUUUUAUUAUGUCCAUUCAAAGGUAUCAGAAUAAAGAUUGAUUAUAAUAUGAAUAA